GGCAACGAACCGGAAGCGGAAGCAGUGAUGCCGUAGACGCGCAGCAGAAAAAUUAUAGGAUGAGUGCUGAAGCCGCGGACCGGGUGGCCUCUGCGAGCAGCGGCCGGCCCGGCACGCCUCCUCAGAUCUCCUGGUUCGAGUUCCUCCUGGACAGCAGCCUGUUGGAGAAACACCUGCAGAACCUCGGGCCCGACCCGACUCCAGUCCAGCUGAUCAUCCAGUUUUUGGAGCAGGCCUCCAAACCAUCUGUGAACGAGCAGAACCUGGUCCAGCCGCCCAUCGACAACCACAGGAACCGGACCCUGAAGCUGCUGGCGCUGAAAGUAGCUGCUCACAUGAAGUGGGACCUGGACUCACUGGAGAAAGGUCUGACCACUCCGGUGCUGAACAUGCUGCUGAACGAGCUGCUGUGUGUCAGCAAAGUGCCGGCCGGCGUCAAACACGUGGACCUGGACCUGUCCGCCCUGCCUCCGACCACGGCCAUGGCCGUCAUCAUCUACAACCGCUGGGCCAUCAGAACCAUCGUGCUGAGCAGCUUCCCUGAGAAGCAGAACAAACCUGGACCUCACCAGAUGAACAUGUUGAAUUUGGUCCAACAGGAGAAGGAGAUGACUGAGAACAUCCUGACGGUGCUGAAGGAGCAGGCAGACGACUCCAUCAGGGUCCUGGAAGGAGCUCUCUGCUUGAAGAAAGACUUCUACAUCCACACCCUGAGGACUCUGGACCUGCUGGGUUCUGAUGCUGCUGCAAACGGAGAAACUGAGUCGUCCACAGCCGGACUUCGGAUCAGCGCCGACGAGCUGCACUGUCAGGUCCACUAUGAUCUGGGAGGGAUCUUCUUCCAGCAGGGCUGCACGGACCACCCAGCCUACGAGAAGGCCCGGGACCACUUCAGACAGACCAACGAGCUCCUGAAGAAGCUGGACGAGGCCGUCCACGUUCACUUGGACGGGAAGCGCCUGGCCGGAUACUGGAACGCCUGCAAGGCCCUGACCGGAGACGUUGACCCCUCUGACCCCCACACGACCCAGUACGACCAGAUCAACGGUCUGAUCCGGGCCCACAACUACCAGGCGGUCGUCGAGGCCUUCGUCAGAGACAACACGUCCCGCAGUUUACCGAGACACUUCAGACGCUCCGUGCUCAGGGAGGUCCUCUACAAGGUCCAACAAGGGGAGUCCAGUCUGGACGUCGUCUCUCACAAACUGUGUGUUUGUAACGCCGUCAGAGACGCUCUGGAAGGAGAAGUCCUCAGCGUUGGUUUCCAGCAGCUGCUCCUCAAACUCAGUAAACAAACGGUGGACUUCAUGCUGGAGGUCUGCACCCGGUCUCUGGAGAUGGACCGGCUGUCGGAGGCGUCCAGCAGGAACAUGGCUUCUUUCCUGAAGACUCUGUGUGAGGGCCUGGAGGACCUGUCUCUGGUGUUUGUGGUGACGUCUCACAAGCUGUUCCUGGAGCUGCUGAAGGACAAGGAGAGGAAGACUCUGCUGGAGCAGAUGAGGAAGAGGUCGGCCACCGUCAACCUGAGCGCCAAGCCUCUGCCCUCCUUCUACGACAUCCCAGCUUCAGCCAGCGUGAACAUCGGGCAGCUGGAGCAGCAGCUCAUCCUGUCCCUGGACCCCCGGAGGAUCAGGCAGAUCCUCAUCGAGCUGCACGGCCUGGCGGAGCGGCCCUUCUGGAGAGUCAACAGCAAGUGGGAGGUUCCUGCAGAGUACCUCAACGUCAUCCUGGGGAUCAAAGACAACCUGACCAAAGACCUGGUCUACAUCCUCAUGGCUAAAGGACUCCACUGCAUUUCAAUAAAGGACUUCGGCCACGCCCGGCAGCUCUUCUCUGCCUGCCUGGAGCUCGUCACCGAGUUCUCCCCGAAGCUCCGACAGGUGAUGCUCAACGAGAUGCUGCUGCUGGAGGUCCGCGCUCACGAGGUGACGGCGGCUGAAGGCAGCAAGGAGCGGCCGCCACCCGACCUGGUCAGCAGGGUCAGAGGUUACCUGGAGAUGAGGAUCCACGAUGUUCCUCUGCGUCAGGUGAUGGGCGAAGAGAGCGUGGUCUUCAUGUUGAACUGGAGAGAGAACGACUACCUGACCCUGCAGGUGCCUCCGUCUCUGGUCAUGAACAAUCCUUACAUCAAGCUCGGCCAGCUCCUGGCCUCCACCUGCAAAGAGCUGCCAGGUCCUAAGGAGAGUCGACGGACAGCCAAAGAGCUGUGGGACGUGGUGGUCCAGAUCUGCAGCGUGUCGGUCCAACACAAGAGGAGCAGCGACGGGCGGCUGGGUCUGAUCAAACACAGGGAGUCGUCUGUGGGCAUCCUGCAGCGGAGCAAGUUCAUCACCUUCAUCAAGAAACUCAGAGAGCCGCUGGUGCUGACGACCCUCAUCUCUCUGUUCGUCAGACUCCACAGCAUCGUACGGGACGACAUCGUAAACGAAGUGACAGCAGAACAUCUGUCCAUCUGGCCGUCCUCUCUUCCAAACAUUCAGGCGGUGGACGUGGAGGCUGUCGCUGUGACCGUGAAGGAGCUGGUGUCCUACGCUCUCAGCCUGAACCCCAACAACCAGGCGUGGCUCACAACGCAGGCCGACAUCUACUUUGUGACCAACCAGUACUCUGCUGCGCUCACCUUCUACCUGCAGGCCGGAGCCGUGUGCUCGGACUUCUUCACCAAACCGGUUCCUCCUGAUGUUUACACGGACCAGGUGCUGAAGAGGAUGAUUAAGUGCUGUUCGAUGAUGAACUGUCACACGCAGGUGGCCGUUCUGUGCCAGUUCCUGCGGGAGGUCGACUACAUGACGGCGUUUAAAGCCCUUCAGGAGCAGAACAGCCACGACGCCAUGGACUCCUUCUACGACUACAUCUGGGACGUGACCAUCCUGGAGUACCUGACCCAUAUUCAUCACAAACGAGGAGAGACGGAGAAGAGGCAGAUCGCUGUGAAGGCCAUCGGGCAGGCGGAGCUGAACAGCAGCAAUCCAGAGGAAGUUCUGCAGCUCGCCGCUCAGAAGAGGAAGAAGCGCUUCCUGCAGGCCAUGGCCAAACUCUACUUCUGAAAACACACGACGAUAAACCAACGUUCCUUCUGCUUUCUAGAAAAAUGAAACGAAAACGUUUGAUGUCAGGAUGGAAACAAUUAUUAAUUAUAUGAUUAAUUAAUUAAAAUGCAUUAAACCAACGUCAGACUGAAGAAAAACACUUCAGAAUUUAAUCUGAUAAAAUAACGACAUUAAUCUGAAACAACCUGCAGAUUACAGGAAACACGGACUUCACUCCGUCAGGUGCGACGACUGGUUCUGCUGGUUCUGCUGGUCUGGACCCGGCGCUGCAGUUCUUCAUUUAUGGUUCUGUUUGAUGACCCGACCCGUCACAGUUUGAACACAAAUGACUCGAGCACGGUGGCUCAGUGGGUAGAGCUGCUGCCUCUCAGCGAGCAGGUUGCCUUGGUUCAAUCCCAGUCCAGGAUCUUUCUGUGUGUAGUCUGCAUGUUCUGUCCGUGCUGCGUGGGUUUUCACACACACACACACGUCUGAGAAGGGUUAGGAAGAAGUCAAACUUCUUUAAUCCCACCACUUCUCCAAUACUCAAGUUCCACUUUACACCCGUCUGGUUUUCAGAGUCUUGAGUCCAUGAGAGGCAGAAAAGAAAACUAAAUAAUCACACCCAGGAACUUAAUUUCAUUAACUGUCUACGUACUCACCUUCAGUUCCUACUUUUAAAUCAUCAUUCCCUUUACGAUUUCCAAACAACAUAAACUUAGUUUUGUCCAAAUUUAAUUAUUUAUUUAUAUGAAUCCACUUUUUUAAUUUGCUCAACUCUGAGGUUCAAGCUGCUGUAAAUUGUCCCCUUCACAUAAAAUAUCUGUGUCAUCUGCAAACAGAACAAACUUGUAUUUUUGAGACCUUCCAUAUGUCAUUUAUGUACAGAAUAAAAAGUUUAGGUCCCAGUACUGAUCCCUGGGGGACACCACAAACGAUGUCCAAACAUGAUUGUUGAAAGUCACGUGUUUUUACAAAUCGUUUCCAGUUACUUAAAUAACUUUCAUCCAUAAGUAAAACCACUCCCCUGAUACCAAAAUGCUCCAGUUGAUUAAAAAGUCGUGAUUUAUUGUGUCCAAUACUUUUUUAACAGAACUGAACAUUUAUUUUUGUCUAGUUUCUUCUGUUGGUUCCAGAACUGCCAGUGAGGUUGAUCUUUGAGACCUAAAUCCACGUUGACAUUCACACAGCAGUUAUUGUUUAUUCAUAACUUUGUACAAUCAAUCAAUCAAUAUCCUGAUGCUGCUCAAUAAUCCAGG